AUCAUGAUUGAUAACAUAAACUGUUAACCUAAAAAUAUAAACAAAGUGUAAAUAAUGUAAAAGAGCUUUAGUUCGUAGAAACUUCCAAAAUGGUUUUUCUUAGUAGAACGUGGCUUGCCGUGAAAGAAAUAAAACGUCCUCGAAAGUAUCUUCGAAAUAAGUUUAUUGAUACCGUAAGACUCCAUGUAAAAGGUGGUACCGGAGGCACCGGACUACCGAAAUUCGGUGGUCUCGGUGGACAAGGAGGAUGUAUAUAUUGCGUUGGGAAAGAGAAGGCAGAUCUAAAGACUAUCAUGAAUAAAUAUCGCGCCAAAACUAUUACCGCGGGACACGGUGAAGAUAGCAGAAAAACAAAAAUUGUCGGCAAUCCCGGUGCUGACGUGAAACUAGAAGUUCCACUCGGUGUGACUAUUUUUAGAGAAGAUGGAAAAGUAUUGGGCUCAAUUGAUAAGGAAGAUGAAAUGCUUAUAGUAGCUCGUGGUGGGCCUGGAGGGACUAAAGAGAAUGAUUUCCUUGGUCACUUUGGUCAAAUUCAUCACAUCCGACUAGAUUUAAAAUUAAUUGCUGACAUUGGUCUUGUGGGAUUUCCAAACGCAGGAAAGAGUUCACUUUUAAAAGCAAUAUCUAGAGCGAAACCUAGAAUAGCUAGUUAUCCUUUUACGACCAUCAAACCUAACAAAGGUACUAUACAAUAUGAUGAUCUGAGACAAAUUACGAUUGCAGAUCUUCCAGGACUCAUCGAAGGGGCACAUAUUAAUAUAGGAUUGGGUCAUAAAUUCUUAAAACAUGUGGAGAGAACUAAACUGCUACUUUUUAUAGCAGAUAUUGAAGGCUUUAGACUUAGUCCCAAAUAUCCAAAAAGAACUUGCUUGGAGACAAUCAUACUACUCAACAAAGAAUUAGAAUUAUAUGAUGAAGAAUUAUUGAAUAAACCUGCAAUACUGGCUGUUAAUAAAUUAGAUUUAGUUGGUGCUGAUAAAACAUUCAGUGAGGUCAAGGAAUCUCUGAAAAAUAUCCAUGAGGUGAUUAAAACAAUGCCUGAGGAAAUUAGACCAGAGAGAAUAAUAAAAUUUGAAGAUAUAAUUGGCAUUUCAGCCUUAAAAGGCAGCUGUUUAGAUGAAUUAAAACUAAUAUUGAGGAAAAGACUUGAUGACUAUGCUGAAGAAAACAAUCCAGACAUCAUAGAACCAAGUACACUAUUAAGAAAAAAUCGAGCCAUAAUUAGAGAAAGAGGUCCUCAAGUAACUUAAUAUUUAUGGGUGUUGUAGGUAUUGAGAGAAUAUAAUUUAGU